AUGAACACCAUUCAAGAAUCCUGCGUUGAACCUGGAAUGCAACCUGAUCAGCUAAUGACGAAGCUCCAACCAGAAGAUUACGAAAUCCAAACAAACCCAAUCGGAUUGCCUCAAGACGAGCCUCCUUGUUAUUUGCCCCAACAUGAGGAUGCAGAGCCCUUGAGGAACAUUCCCGAUCCCAUGGGAGCAAUUGGUCCUUGGGCAACUGGCAAAGUUGAUUGGAGUCCCUUGGCAGGCAUGACGGGAAUUCGUCCUGUAGUUGAUCAUUACACGAUUACGCGUUAUAGUCCAGCUGAGUGGCGAGCUCGGAAUGAAGGGAUCAUUCGAAGCUGUUACGAUGCCAUGAACGAAAGUGUUCGUGUGGAAAAUGACAGUAAGGACACGAUAAUUCGAACUUAUGCGUUCACGGAUAAAGCUCAAAAGGAUAACACGGGAAGACUUCAAACAAGAGCCAGAGAUGUUGAUAAAUGGAAAGAGACUCUUCACAGAGCUAUUACUGCGAUGCAGGAGGAAAUUUGUACGUUGGAGGAGCAGAGAAGGCGAUUGAAGCAAUCGUUGGCGGUUUUGAGGAUUCCAGAAUCGAUUGCAACGGAAUGUUUAGAUCGUCGCACAGGUCGUCCCGAUCACGAGCUCGUUCGCGACGAGCCCGAAGAAGAACUCAUCCGUGAAGUUGCUCUCAUUUCCGAAGUUCGCGACUUGCUAAAUCGCACGCUAGCUGACAUCGAAGCGCAACAAGUCGAGAAUCGCAAUGCACGUCAACGCAUGGAAUACGAUUGGAGUGACAAGAAGGAAGCGCACGAAAUCGAGGCCAUCAACUGUCACCUCUCAAACCAAUCGACAACGACGUUAUUUAAGCCGGGAGCGACUCGUUACCCAAAUGAACAAUCGUCUGAGGAAUAUUGGGAGCAUUUUACACGUGACACGCUGAAUGCAUGCGAAACGACGCGACAAAAAUCGAUCGCAUUGCGUCAAACGUUAGACGCGAUUUUGCUGAAUUCCACGCGUGAUUUGCGAACGCAGGCGGAUGUCGUCGAACGGGCACUCAAUAAACGUGUCAUUUGCAUGGAUGAAGUUCGUCAGCGUUUGGAGAACGAUUUGAAGGCUUGUUUGCGACGUUUGGCUGAUACGGAGACGCAAAUCGACAAACUCGAAGCUGCCAUCAAAAGUAUGGAUUUGCCGAUGAAAGUGGCCCAAACACGUCUCGAUAAUCGCCACGAACGCCGUUUGCGGGUCGAAAAUUGUCGCGAUAAGCCCCAAGAAGGCAUCAUCAACGAAGUUCAGAGCAUCCAGGAAGGAACCACUGCGAUGUUGGCGCAACUUAAACAAAGUAACGACGUCAAAAAUCAACUAAUGGCGACACGCGGCGCUCUCGAACGCGAAAUUAUGCUGAAACGACGUGCGAUUCAAAUCGAUAAGGAACGUUGCCAAUUGCUUCGUACGCAUUUUCCCUCAUCAACUGCACUAAGUGGCUAUUAA